UUUUCGGGGAGGCUAACGGCCUGUGACGCCAUGGCCGUCGCCUUACCGGGAGUCACGUUGCCCUCAGUCGUCGAGGAGCUCCUGAGUGAGAUGGCCGCGGCGGUGCAGGAGAACGCGCAAAUUCCUGAUGAGCAUCUAUUAUCGCUGAAGUUCAUCUUUGGCUCAUCAGCCAUCCAGGCCUUGGACCUUGUGGACCGACAGUCCAUCACCUUAAUCUCAUCGCCCAGUGGGAGGCGUGUUUACCAGGUACUUGGGAGUUCUGGGAGAACAUACUUAUGUCUGGCUUCUUGUCAUUACUGUUCCUGUCCUGCCUUUGCCUUCUCAGUGCUGCGGAAGAACGACAGCCUGCUGGCGCCCCGAGCAUCAAGCAGGAGCAGGACAUACUCACGUAACUCCUUAUUUCAGAGGAGAAAGCACGGCCCACCCGAGAGCAGGAUUAAACUUCGGGCCCCUUCGGGAUCUAAAGCUGUGCGUGUUCUACGACAGAGGGCCCGGCUGUCCCCAGAGUGCAAGCAUCUCUUGGCGGUUUACCUCAGUCAGGUAACGAGAACCUGUCGACAGCUAAAGGUCUCUGACAAGCAACUGACUGACAUCUUAUUCACGAAGAAGAAACAAGAAGCAUGAAAGGUAUAGACUGAGCAUCUAUCUCUGAAAAUAGGGGUCCCACCCAGAAACACAUUUACCCUACCAGGGUUUACAUGGAAGCCAGGCGAAAUUUCUUCUGGAGGCUUCCUGUCACCGUCCCUUUUCCCUCCUGGACAAGAGACUGUGAGCUGCGAGCUGGGAUGUGUAUAUACUUCGAAGCUCUACAAUUUCUCCUGAAAAGUCAGAGCCAGCCUCUGAGCCCCGUGGGUCAGCUGUCUAGCUGAAGCAAGCAUUUGUCCCAAACAAAGCCUAAUAUCAUGUCCUGUCUGCAGUUAGAUUUUUUUUUUUAAGAUUUUUUUAUUUGAAAGAGUGAGCAUGUGCCAGGGGGAGGGGCAGAGGGAGCAGGAGACUCUCUGCUGAGCAGGGAGCUCGACGUGGAGCUCAGUCCCAGGACCCCAAGAUCAUGACCUGAGCCAAAGGCAGACGCUUAACCAGCUGAGCCAGAUUCCUAAGUGAGUCAGAUUCUUAAGUUACUGAAGUGCUAGUAAUAAAAAAGAGGUUGGAACGGUAGAUGAAACCUGUCAGAUGAAUUUUAUAAAAAAAGCCAAAGGAAGGAAGGGACUGAACGUCAUGCCCUGAGGAAGCAAAGAAACUGAGAUGGUACUCAGCUGGACCCGGAGAGAGUGAGGGAGCCGUGACCAUGACCGUGCAGGUUGAGACCGUGUGCAGUUCUCACGUUUGGAGCCUGGAGGGCCAGGAAUUCGCUGCCUCCAUGGGGACUCAUAAAAUCAGCAGCGUCCUCGCGCUCGCGCCGCAGGAGGAAAUGCAGCAGCAAACAAACAGAAGCGACAGAUUGUACAGCCCGGGGAACACCCCGCCCCGGGCCCCCGGAACCCUGCGGCGGGAACUCGAAC